CCACGGCUCUCAUUUCUCUGCGUGAACGUCACGAGAGCCGAGCGGAACCUGUUCUCUGACUCCGGACUCAAGACCAGUCGGUCCAUUUAACGCACAACCGCUAAAUGUGCCAAAAGUACAGUGCGUAAUUGCGCAUAACUGAGGAACAAUGAGUGCCACAUCAACAGCCAUGGAGGUGAACGCUGAGGCCAGACGGAUCCUGGCGGUGUCCAUUAGCAAACUGUACGCGUCCAGGACCCAAAGAGGCGGACUGAGGCUCCACCGGAGCCUCUUGGUCUCUCUGGUCAUGCGGUCUGCCAGGGACAUCUAUCACGCCUCUCGGGAGAGCGAGGCCCCCGGGGCGCCGACACCACAGGAGCCCAUGGACAGCAGCCCCAGCUCCGAGGAGCAGAAACAGUUGCCACCCCAGGAAGCCGAGCCCGCACAGACCGAGCCUCAGUGCGCACUGAGCCCUGCGCCGCAGACUGCCGUGGAGGCAGAGGAGUGCGCGUGUGACAGUGAAAUCACAGAGGACAAAGAGAACAUGAGCCCGGCGGCGAGGCAGUCCAGGAAACGCCGGAGUAAGGCGUCGGCGGCGCCCGACUUCCUUCCCAGCAAGAGGGCGAGGCUAGAGCCCGGAGAGGAGCGGUACGCGGCCCCGCUGGGCAGCUGUCGCGUCGGGGCCGCAGAAACGCACGGUGACCUACAUCAGCGCGUCCCGGGACACAGCGAUGACUCCGGGUGGGUGAAAACCACGGAGAUCGACCCGCUGACGGGGACAAGGACUGAGACUGAGAGGCCGUGGAAGUUUGAAGGAGAAACUGGUUCAGUUUCCUAA